CCGUGCACACUGAGUCCAGUAGGAGUUUAAAUUUCAAGUAGGGAUGGGAACGCUGUACAAAUUUCCAUCAUGAUAUUUUUCACUACCCUGUGAUUUCCAAUAUUACCAUCUCUGAAAGUUUAACGAUCAAUACCAAUGAACAGCCUUACAAAGCUACAUCAAUUUAGUAAGAAGGGUGCAAAGGAGCAGGCACAUAAGUGGCUGGUGCCCCUGAAAGCCCCUGUAAAUGGGCCCUCUUUAGAAGUCAUUAAAGUCCAUGUAAAGUGAUAAUACAUCGUUAUUUUAGGUUUGUUGUGUGACAGGACACGGUAGAGGAGAUUCAAAAUCCUGAUACCGAAGCAGUAAAAUCUGCUCUAGGAUGGUGUGGGUAUGUGGGUUGAAUUAAGCCACACCCAUUAAAUUUACUGUUUUCUGGUACAAAUCUGUGUUAUGAUACUUUAAAUGGCCUGUAGGCCCCUGUGGCUGAUACAUCUGGGAAUUUUAGGAGAUAAGUUUAUAGCCACAAGUGCCUUAAACUUGUCCUUCAGUUAUUGUUUUGUUGUUUCUCUUGUCCCUCUCCUCUUCUUGUUUUUCUCCACCCCUACCCCUCCUUCUAGCCCUUUCCAACCCCAGUGCAGCUUCGGCAGAGAGCUGUCAACAUGAGCCUGAGACGAGCCAAUGUGAGCUCAGCUGCUGUCCAGCUCUGUCGUCUUGACUCUGCAACUUUUCCUUCAACGCUCACAUCGUCCUCUCCUGCAUCCAGUCAGUGUUCAGAGAGACACCUGUCUGCCCACCAUCAGCCAGUUUUCUCCUGUGUUGGUGUAUUCUGAUGGAUCAGUAUGUCUACCACUAAUAAUAUCGCCCAGGCCAGGAAACUGGUGGAACAGCUGAGAAUUGAGGCAGGGAUUGAACGUAUUAAGGUGUCUAAAGCGGCCGCAGACCUGAUGAGUUACUGUGAGCAGCACGCUCGUAGCGACCCUCUGCUGGUUGGAGUCCCCACCUCUGAAAACCCGUUCAAGGACAAGAAACCCUGCAUCAUCCUAUAGCUGAGCAACACUACUUCUACCCUCACACAUACACUCACAAACACACAUGCACACAAAGUACUAAAAUUAUCCCUAAAUAUCCCCAGACACUCACAUGCAAACAUUCUCCAUCUUGCACACACACAAUCAUAAAAUACACACACUCCCAGAAUAGCCACUCUGGAAAAGCGCCAUACCCUGUAGCUACAGCUAGGGGGGAAUAUCUUGUGCUCACAGUGGCUGAGGUCAGUAUCACACUGAGAAAGGUGCUUUGGUAAUAUAAAUAUCUGCUGGUAAAUAAACUACAAGCAACAGUUUACUUGAAAAGGGAUCUGGACUUUAAAAAACAGUUGGAAAGCAGGAUUUUUUUCCUCUUCUUUUGUCAUGAAAUAAGGCAUUGGGUAAAGGAGUGGGAAGCUGCAUGUGGGCAACAGUAAAAGACGGUAGGCGCUCCAGCCAACCGUGCCAAACACGACCUGGUGUCCUAAUAAAUGCUUUUAUUGUGAGGCAGUUGAAAGAAAUCUAAGAGCUCGCCCUCAAACCCACCUGUGCUAAAUCAUGGUGGGCUAUUUUGAAGCGAGCGGCUCAGCCUUUGCCUUUUAUCAGGCUCGCAUGAUCCUACCCAAACCUGUAUUGACAAACCUUCUCUGCCUGUGGCCUCAACAUGGCCGUCUGCAGCCUUUGGCCAAACCUCCAGCUGUGCCAACCUGUACAGAAAGUCGUUUCUCUAGAUGCUGAUCUGCUGUCAGGAAUACUAUGUCAAAGCUGACCUCAGAUCUGCAGCUAUGAGGAGAGCGUAGUGAACUGCUCUACGCAGAACUCAAGCUAUUAACCCUGGACGUUUACUGCAUUUUUUCUUAAGAAAUACUUGUUUGUGAAUUCAAUGUACAUUUUGAUAUUUUGUUGAAGCAUUAACAGAUAAUACUGUAUGUUUUUUUUAAUUGAUUUUGCUUUGGUGUAGGUGUUCCCCCUGGCUGAUGAGGUUUUCCCUCCUUUCUGAUGUAAAAUGAUGGGGGGUUUAGUUGUAAGCCAUGGGGAACACCUAACAAAUACCUGCUAGGAUCUCUUUAAAAGGUUUUAAUGAAUUUCUAGCCAACCUUAAGACAGAGCAAGAUUGCACCCUGGAUUUAGUCUGUAAGGACUGGAGGAGAUAAUACAAACAUAAAUGGAAAGAUUCCCCUUUGCCACCCUUUCUUAUAUGUUUGUUCUUUUAAUUGGCAAUUUUCUAAAGAAAGAGACAAGAUUUAUUGCAUUGGAUUAUAUCUGGCUUUAUAUUUGACAAACACACUGGCCUUUACCAGUCGUAAAGUUUGAGCCACGCCAGUUGAAGUACAGAGUUAGAGCUACUGGAUCCCUAAAGAGUCGUUUUUUCCUCUUCUCCACAAUGCUCCUCCUCUCUGACAAACCAAACUUGAUUGUAAAAAAGACCAAGUAAAAAACAAAAAGAUGAAGUCAAGAGAAACAACCUAAGUGUAAAAACUUUCUUUCAGACGUGCAGAAGUGAUAAGUUGACGAAUAGCUGUUUUGGGUUUAAUUUUUUUUUUGAGUUUCUUCUUUCUAUGGAGUCCAUGGAUCCUGGUCAGUUGAGUAUUGCCCUGUACAGUGUUUGUAAGAUAAAUCCAAACACAGAAUCUCCCUCUGUGGAUGUUAGAUUUUUCUUUGACUUCUUCUCUUCUGUCAGUCAGGAUCAUGUCUGUCCUCUUUUGUUGCAAUUUUAUUUUUGGUCAUUCAGGUUUAAGAGUUUUAUGAUAGGAGGAUGGUUUUAACCACAAACACAAACACCUGAGGAUAUUAAAAACAGAGAAAGAUGGAACAUUUAAGCCUGUCAGGUUUAGGGAAGAAUCAACUUCGGACCUCAUUCCAGUGGCAAAAACCAACCUCCUUAUCUAUCUUUUAACACCAGAGCAGCCCACAGGCAUUUCUCAUGUGUUGCUUUUGGUGGCAACUGGGACAACAGACACUUUUACAUAACCCACACUCUCUCACGCAGUUGCUUUUGGUUUUCAGCGGUCAAAGGUUAAAAGGAGAGGUAAGGCUGGGCAUGUAGAGCUGCUUUUUACGUUUGAAGCUGAAAGAGAGAAGCUUUGUCUCAUCAUAUUUACACUGGAGCGUUUAGAGUAGGCUUUUGUCGGGACUGCGGUACAGUGACAGAGCAGGGUGGAGUCUGGAUUUGUGUCUGCUGAUGGACUGUCAGGGGAGAUGAACCUCCUGCCUUUCUCUAACAGUCAAUAUGAGCCACCUGCAGCUGUUCUGACUCCUGUGAAUCUGGGGGGAAGAGAUGAAGCGUUGUUUGCGUGUUUGUUCAGUCCAUACUAUUGUGCUCCAGAGUUGCACACAGUUUAAAAAUGUAGACAGUCUGCUUUUUCCUGAAUAUCAGUUGAAUCAUUUCAAAGAUGGUCCAGAUUUAGUCCUGCAAGAAAACAACUUAGAAAAAUGCAGAUUUGUUUUCGUUUGAGGCUGGCAACACAUCAGACGGUUUUCAAAUCUUAACAAACUUUUAAAACAUAGCAGACCGCGUUUUAGCAACAUAAUCUUCUGAAUGCACACCUUAGAUGAUUCAACUAGAACCACGAGACCAUAAAACCGCCAUUUGUAGCAACCAUUUCACAGCGGAGAGUCCAGUGGCAUGAGAUCUCACAUUAACUCACAUGAUCAAAUGUGACUUCAGGAGAAAAAUAAAUAUGGAGACUGAUCAGUGUCCUACGCUAGCUGUCCUGGAGUGCACUCUGUUUUGCAGCAAAAAAAAAAAAAAAAAGAAAAAAAAGAAAAAAAAAAAGAAAAGGAAAUCCUGGCUGAGAGGACGGUGCAGUUCUGUUUAUGUUUUUGAAGAUCCAGUCAGUGAUGCUUCCCAGUUUGCCAGUCUUAUUGGCUGUCUUAAGUAUUAUCUAACAACUUUGAAUACAAUUCUGUAAGGUUGGGGUGCCAGCCUAAUCGUGAACAGUAAAAUUACAUAAUGAGUAGGGAUUAGGGCUGGGCAAUUAAUCGAAAAUUAGAUUAAAUUGUAAUAUGGUCUGCUGCAUUUUUCAAUACAGCACCGUACGGCCAAACUUUACAGCUGAUAUAGGCAGAUUUUUACAGCAAAAUCAUUGCUUGUAAAUAGUGGCAAAAAUUUCCACAUCUAUUGAUACAGACAAUUCACUUUUAAAGCCAAUAUCUGUCAAUACUGAUAAUAUCCUGCAUCCUCAACACCACACACUUGAGGAAUAUUUGGAAAAAUAAUCAGCUGUGACAACCCUCCAAUCACUGGGGGGCCUUGCGCCAUAUGUACAGUAUGUGACUGAUGUCCAUAUUUAUAUGGAUGAUGCCUCCUAGUGUCCAACGCAAGGAUGUGCUCUUGUUUUACAGAUGGAUAAGUUCCUCUAGCCAAAAGGGAGAGGAUAAAUGUAUGCUUUUUUGCCAUUAGUAGCUUGAAAUGUUUGAGGAAUUACUGAGAUGAAACAGGACUAACAUUGCAUAUCAAAAAAUAAGUGAAGAAGUUGGCCUACCUGGAUAUAUUUCAUUAAAGGGCAUAUGAAAGGCUAACUCAUUUAGCCAUUCAAAUGUUUGUUUGUAUGUUAACUAACUUGUUUUCCAAUCAUGCCUUCUAACUGUUCACUUAAAAGUAUAAAUAUAUGUGACAUUGUCAAAAAGGUCUCGCAGCACUUCUUAUCGACUGAUAAAUCAUGCUAUAUUUCAUAUCAAAGUGGUUAAUCUAACAGCAUUUCAUACCAAGCUGAUAAAUAUGACUAGCCUGUUGUCUAGUUAGCAGCUUGGUCAGCUAGCACACUGCCAUAUGGUCUCUCUGAAAUCCACCUUAAAAGUUCAAUACUGUCAACUUCCCAUAGGAAUGACUGGACUUGUACCUGUUCAUGUACCUUUCUAACAUAUGUGGAAACAAGGCACAAAAUCAGGCUUGAAAUUGUCUUCUGUGUAGCCAAAGCUCCAGUGGGGGGUGCCUGCCUUUCCAAAAUAAAUAAAAUGCCAUAUUUUAUCUGUUGACUCAGAAUAAAACCUGUACGCGAAGCUAGCUGUUGCUUUGCAUUCAUGCAUCAACAUGUGAGGGGUAUCGAUCUGCUCAUCCAAAUCUUAGCAAGAAAGCGAACAGGACCUUUUACAAAAAUGACUUAAUGAAAUCUUCUCUUAACAAGAAAUGAAAAUCAUCUUGUAAAACAACACUAGUGCUUGUUAGCUGCAUAGUUGUGAUACAAAGCCCUGCUUCAUCUCUAAUUUGCCUUUGUUCCACACAGACAGAGGAGGCUGUUCCCAAAAUAGAGAGAGAGCUGGAGAAAAGGCUGAGGGAGUGUGUGCUUGCAUGUGUGGGGGGGUCUUUGGUGGCUAAAAAGGAUGAUUUGGCAGAUCAGGAGGCGGAGAGGAGAAAGCAGAGGUGCAGGCAUGAGUGUGUGUAUACGCCUGUGUGUGAAUAGUGGGAGAGACACGGUGAGUAAGAACACACAGUGCCUCCGGAGCGGUUUGAGAGCGUCACAUAGUGCUGUUACUGUACUGCAGCUCUGCCAUUCAGGUCAGGGUGAGAGUGACCGCGGGAGGGGUGGCGUGACACAGUCAGAGUCAGACCAGCGUGCCCAUGCUUCACUCCCUGUUUUAUCAGUCUGAAGAGGAAAAGAGGAGUCGGUCAAAGACGCAAGUCUUUUUUUUUAUGUGUUGGCCUAAAGUUAGAAUCACAAAGCUGACAAAUUUCCUUUUAUGAGACAUUUUGUAGUUUUUUAGCCCCAUCUGUGCCUGAGUCAGUUGUAUAUAUUAGCUGCAGCUUAUUUUCACUACUCAUGAAAGCUUUAGACAUCAGCCUGAUUCAGUUUGCAUUUUGAAGAGGCAUGUGUAGACCUCUUACUAUCUGCAGACUUUCAGAUGAGAAGAUCCAUACAUUCCCAGAGUAGUAAAACUACCAACAGACAAUGGGUUAAACAAACUGUACAUAAGAUCAGAUGUAGCCUAGUUUUCACCAGUGUUGACUAUCAGAAGUCAUUGUCAGCCUUUAGUCUCUUUGGAGAUAAUAGGGAUCAAUAGUGUGGUUCUGGAAGUAAACAUGUCUUUCAUUUUCUCCAUAGUGGGUCUGAUUAUUAGCCAUAUUUUAAGAAUUAUCCUAGUUAGAUUUGUUAGAGUGUGAUACAAUGGUAUAAGCUCCUGUAGAAGACAAUAGUUUCUAAGAUAUCAACCUCUUUUGAUAAAAAAAAAACAUGGUUUGCCAAAAAUACAAUAGUACCCACAAUCCAUGGUUGUCAGAAGACAUCUCUGAUCGGUGGAGUCUCUUGGAACCAUGCAAACAUCUACAAACAAUGACUGUCGACUGUUGAUGGAGACAAUACAUGCCUCUGUAGCAUAGAGCAGUAUCUACGCAAACUACGACAUAUUAUAUUAUCAUUUAAAAUGUAUACACUCAAAUAUAUAGUUUUGAAAAAAAGAUACUGAUAUGGUUUGAAAGCUUGAAGAAUUGCAAUGGAUUGUGGGACAUGUAGUUCCUUCAUCCUUGUAAAGAAUAUGUACACAUUCAUGUACAUUUGCCAUUUCUCCAUUUUUAAAUGCCAUUUUUGCACCAUUCUGUAGUCCUGAGUAUUCGGGGAGUUGGUUAGCUUGGUUCAAGCAUUAAAAGCAUUGUAAUAAGGAUUCUGACAAAUGUCCAUGGAGGAUUUGAAUGGUGAGUUUUACUUCCAGAACAAGAGCUGCCGAAAAAGUGGGCAGGUUCUGUUGAGCUCUAUUCAGUUCAAGAAGCAGAACAAAAAGUUUUAUUCUGAUUGGUCAUGCUCAGUGAAAACAUGUCUGCAACAAUAUUUUGGUUUGUUUGGAUGCUACACAAAAGAAGCUAUAGUGAGCCUUCAUCCCUGUGGUGCAACCAAACAAGGACACAAUUUAUGUCACUGACUACCUUCAACACAGGGUGUAGUGUGGACUUUACACCAUUAGACAGAAUUGAAAAAUAGUGGUGCGGCACCUUUAAAAGGGUCUGUAUGCUGAUUUUUAGAUAAAUAGGGUUUACAUAGCUCUAAAUAUCUGAACAUUUUCACGAGUGUAUAACUACUAAAAAGAGCCUCCUUACAUUUUUUGUUCCUUUAAAUUAAUCUGACAGUGUUUGGGCACUUGCUAACAUAGCAUCAGUACAGGUUUGUGGCUGAUAGCUUAAUCAGUAGGUUGGGGAGAGUGGUUGUUAGUUUAUCAUUUACAACUUUAACCCCAUUUUAGCCCUGAAUGUGAUAGUCUGACUGCUAACAAGUUUUAUCUUGUCGUCUUCAUGAAGGAAUAGCUAGCGCCUAAAAUAGGCUAACUAGCUAUCGUACCGUAUGUUGCGAUUACUCACAGAACCAACAAAGUAGCUGUAAUGACUCCCAUUGAACUCUUCCCAUCGGGUUUUCUCAUAAAGAAUAUUUCCCUAAAGUUUAAAGUUUUUUUCUUUUUUGAUAAAUAAUCUAUAUCAGUCACUAGAGAAUGAGCGGAAAGAAGUCUGGGGCUAACUGUGGGCUUAUUUGAAGACACUCAAGCAAAAGCCCCCACCCUCAACAAAUAAAAGAAAAAAAUAUAGGCCUAGCCUAUAUUUUAAUUUCCCAAAAUGCUGAGCUCCUGAUAAAUUGAGGAAGACACAAAUUUCUUGUGUUAAAAAAAUCAAACAAUAUACCGCUCCUUAAGGUUUGAAAUGUAAAUUUAGAGGCAAAGAGAACUGCAACUGCUAACUAUUCAACAUGAACCCAGCAUGCAUACAUAUCAAUACACACACACACACACUCACUGAUGUUGUCCUGGAGAUGCUAUUUUUAUCAUUACCAUUUUUUCAAUCAUUCCAUUGAGCUACAAUCAGAGAAAGCUGACCUCAAACGGCUGGUCAGCUGACAGUUUGUCUGAUUGGUUGUUAGUUUGCCUUAUAGUGGCGUACAUUGUGUUAAUGCUGGUUAUCAGAUCAACAGAAUUAACAGUGUUGAAUAAAAACACAUGGCUCGGCAAGAAACACAAAGUGAGCCCGGUGUAAAAAUAUCUGUUGAGGUGGGGAGAUUUCAGGCUCCUCAUUGGUGGAAAUCAAACAUCGCUGCAUCGCCUCGGAGCCCUUCCCGAGACUCAUCUUUUGUGUUCUGAUCUCCUGUGUAUGCAUACAGUAUAUGUAUCUUUUUGCCUUGAUUGAUUAUGAAGAAAAUAUAUCUAUUUUUUGUAACUGUUCUCUGAUGUGCCAUAACUCAUGUUUUCUUGCACAUUGUUAAUAUUUUGUGGAUAUUGCUGUUAAAAAGAUGAU